UAAAAGCUUUUCGGCUCAACGUUAGUUCUCCUUUCUUGACACCAAAUUCUGAACUGUACUCCAUAUUUUACUAAUUCCUUACCUUCCUUUUCGUAUUAUAUAGUCUAUUAUAUAUAUUUAUGUCAUAAAACCCUUUGUUUUGGCCAUUCUAUUUGUGAACUCUUCAGCCUCGUUCUUCUCUUUCUCUGUCUCCAGAACGCUAUAGCCAGCGUUGAGGAACAAAAAAGAAAAGAUUGUUUUGAUUUCUCUUUUGAUUGUUCAAGAACCUCAUCUUCUUUUUUUCUGGUCAGAAUUUGCUAGUUUCUACUUUCUCAGUGAGUCACUGAGUUAACACCACGAUGGCCGAACGAGUCCAACCGAGCUACCCUCCACCCUCCACCGAUGAGCAAUUGACGCCAAAGCUAGCACCUCCGUCGCCUGAGAAACCUAUUCCACAACCUGGAACUUACGUCAUCCAAAUCCCCAAGGACCAAAUCUACCGCGUCCCGCCGCCGGAGAACGCACGCCGCUACGCGAAGCUAUCGAAACGUAAGGCUCGCCAGAGCACCUGUCGUAGCUGCUGUUGCUGCUUGUUGACCACCAUCCUCGUUUUCCUCCUGGCCGCCGCCAUUCUCGCAGCCGUCGUCUACUUCGUUUUCAAGCCUGAGUCUCCAAAGUACUCCGUGGAGAGCGUGGCAAUCAAGGGAUUCAACCUAACGUCAUCUUCGCCGCUCUCGCCAGAAUUCGACGUCACCGUCCGGGCAAACAACCCCAACGAUAAAAUCGGUAUUUACUACGAGGAAGGCAGCUCCGUUAAAGUUUUCUACGAAGAAGUCAACGUAUGUAACGGUGCGUUGCCGGCUUUUUACCAGCCGACGAAUAACGUAACGAUGUUUGAAACGGCUUUAAAGGGCUCCGGUAUUGAACUAAGCAAGGCCGCUCUUAGGGCGCUUUCCGAUGAGCAAAACAAAGGAAUGGUGCCCUUUACUUUGAAACUGAGAGCGCCUGUUAAGAUUAAAUUGGGGUCCAUUAAGACAUUUGAGAUUACCGUUAAAGUGACGUGUGAUAUAACGGUAGACAAGUUAACGGCGGCGUCUAAGAUUGUGUCAAAGGACUGUGAUUAUGGCGUAAAUCUAUGGUAGUCAGGUAGUGUUUGGAGUGUAGUUGGUACAGUUGGGAUGUUUGGUUGCGAGGAUAGUACUCCAUUAAUCUGGUUUUUCCUUUUGGGGAACUUUUUCUCAUCAUAUUACAUAUCAUAGUUGUGGUAUACAUGAUAGAGAUUUUUAAUUGACAUCGCAUUAAUGAUAUUAUAUGACAUGGUUUAUUUAAUUCUUUUUUAUUAAUUUAUUUGAUUGUUUGUAUUCUUUUAGUUAUAUGAUUAAAUUGUACAAAUCAUCCCUCUACUCUUUUAAUUUCAUUUUUAAUUAUAUUUACUUUAACGAUUUAAAAAAUAUA